AGAAUCACAAAAUCUAGAAACUCUGUAAUCCUUUUUCUAUAGUUUUUUUCCUUCCUUUUAUUUUGCUGCCGACACCUUAAACCAGAGUAGCCCUGGUAGCCACCAUUAUAAGCCUUGUGUAGUCCACAUGAAAAAUACAUGUGCUUCUAAACAAAUAGCAAAAAGAAAAAAGAAAAAAGAAAAUAUAAAAGAAUCUUGAAAAGAAUGUUAUAGUGGGUCCAGAUUAAUGUCAAAGACAUAUUAUUAUAUUCAGGGAAGAAGCCGAAAGAGCUUUUCCAUCUCUCAAUGAGGAAUUAAUUGUCAAGCAAAUUUGGUGCCCACAAAAGAUGGUGGGCAACUAUUUUUGCCUUAUUAUAAGUGCCAACUUGAAAUAUUAUAUGAGCAAUCCUGGGUGGGACAUGAUCCUGAAUGGACCUCCCACAUCAAUAUUAAUAUUCUAUUUGAUAUGGCCUAAACCAAAACUUGAGGGCAAUAACAGAUGUUUUGGAGUUCUAGUUUAAUGAUAAUACAUGCAUGUAAUGUUUGAGCAAUGUUUUAGGACUUGAAUGAAAUUGAAAUAAGAUUGAGUAAAAAGUAUUAAGAGCGGAACUCUAACUAAAAUAAUAAUUCCUAAUUUGGAGUUCUCUUUUUAUCCCUAAAUUUCAACCCAAAUAGGAAUAGGAGUCCUAAGUAAAUAAGAAGUAAUACUCCUGAGUCUAAACGAAAUAGGAGUUCAUGUUAACAUAUUUAAGCAUGAGGAAUGGGGGUUCAAUUAACAGAAACAAAAAAGAAAAACAAAGUUUGAUAGAAAGAAUUAUGGAGGGUUUUCCAAGAUGGUUGUCAUCCUUGCUACAGACUAAAUUUUACGAACCAUGUGAGACUCACAGUUCAAAACAGUGUAAUUUCUUUUGCUUAGACUGCAUAGGAUCGAAAUCAACUUUCACAUUAUGUGAAAAUUGCAACAAGGCCAAUAAACAUGAAGAUCACAACAUCAUUCAAGUUUAUAAAGCUUCACGUCACACAGGCCUCGUCCCUAAGAAGUUGAAACAUUUAUUAGACGUAUCCGACAUUCAAACUUACAAGAUCAAUUUGAAUACCAUUAUUUAUAUAAAUCCAAGGCCUUACAAUGAGCAGCAAGUGAAUGAUAAACACAACAGUUACCAUCGAAGAUGUGAAACCUGCAACAAAGAACUGAUUCAGCACCACCACGACUAUCAUUCAUCGACUUACAAAUUUUGUUCAAUUGGGUGCAAAGUUGUUCAAGACAGGCAUGCCAGAAUACAGCGGCGUAAUACAAUACGACCUCUUAGUUUUAGAAAAAGACCCAGAAAAAGUUCUCCUCAUAGGUCUUCAUUGUUUUAGAUUCGCAAGAAACAAUUAAUAUUAUUAUUCCGUAUAAAGCAUUUAAUCCAACUAUAUAUUUUUAUCGAUGCGUACGAUAUAUUAAUUAAUUUUAAAUAAAUAAAUAAAAUAUAUAUAUAUAUAUAUUUUUUAAUUAUUCAUCCGAUGUCUAAGGUUAUUGAAGCAUAGUAUUUUAAUUGUUUAGGA